UGUAGUUAUCUCCCUUGAACAAAAAUAUUUUGUUUGUUUAUUUUUCUAUUUUUCAGAUUGCGUCCGUUUAUAAGAUUUUGUCUUACAAAACACGAUAAUCGAACGGAUAUCAAGGAUACUAUAUAAACAGUAUCAGAGGAUGAUAGUUUACAGCUAUGAUGUUUAGUUAACAUUGAUAUAAAAGACUUGCUGCCUUCGUAAGAAAGAAAGUAAUGGGGAAUGGUAUGAAUAAGGUGUUACCUGGCCUGUUUGUUGGUAACUUCAGAGAUGCUAAAGACAGACAGCAGCUGACUGACAAUAAUAUUACACAUAUCCUAGCCAUACAUGACCAAGCUAAAAAAUUACAUGAGGAUAAGGAAUACCUGUGUAUUGUGGCCAGUGAUAAUUCACAACAAGAGCUAAUGCAGUUUUUCCCAGAAUGCAUUGAGUUUAUACACAACGCUCGUCUCAACAAUGGCAGUGUAUUAGUUCAUUGUCUUGCUGGCGUAUCUAGAAGUGUUACUAUUACUGCUGCAUACAUCAUGACAGUUACACCACUUGGAUGGAGAGAAGCUUUAAAUAGUAUACGAGGUGUACGCAAUGGUGCCAAUCCUAACUUUGGUUUUCAAAAACAACUGCAGAGAUAUCAGAACGAAAACUUACAAGAGGCAAGAGAAAAAUUAAGACAGAAAUUUCCAGAGACAGACAAUGACAAUGACUACAAGGAGUGCCAAAUUAAUUUGAAUGCAUUUCAGAAAUUUGUUUUAAAUGGAAGUCCUACAAAAGACGAUGGAUUAUACCCUCUACCCUAUAAUGCAUACAAAACAAAUAAUUCAGACAAAGACAGAAAAACAGAGUCCAAAACUAAGACAGAACAAAGUAAACAGGAAACUAGCAUGGAAACAAAGGGAGACAAUUCAGGAAAAAAUAUGCAUGCUAAUAUCUCCGACACCAAUAGUGCUUUAUCUCACAACAACGAUCUCCAAAAUAACCAGACAAAUAGAAAUAAAACUGUAGAUUUCGAUAGUUUGACAGAUGACAUUGAUGAGGCUUAUGCUUGUUUACAUGCAAAGAAAGUGCAAUAAGUUAUAUCAAUAAUUUUUUCAGGGUUUGGUUUUUUGAGGGGAAUUGGUAUAAUUUUUUUACUAACAUAGAUUUAAGGCAGUUUAGUUAUACCAAAUGCAAUGCACAAUUGUAUGAUGAGCUGUUAUUAUUUUUAUAAACUGUCAAACACUGAUAUAUUAUAUGAUGACAAACGGUUGUCUGUCUGUCCUUCCAUCAUCAAAUUAUUUUUGUGACCUGUCUGUCUGUCAAAGUACAUCUUGAGAUACAUUAUGUAACUCAAAUUCACUUCAAACCAAAAUUGAGAUAAAAACAUUACAGAAUGUUUGGUUCUGAUACCUUUAAGAAAAGUUAAUCUUCAAAAUUUACAAGUCUUCUGAUAAUUCAGGUUUGUUUCAGAAGAUCUUGCAGAAAUUUUGAUGUGAUGUUUUGUUCUAUGUAGACAAGUUUUAUUUUGGUUUUGAAUAUUUUAAGAUCAGUUGUUAUGAGACUUUAAUAGAUAACAAUUUAAAAUUUUGUAGCACCUCUCAGGUUUACUGUAUAAAAUUUUUACAAAUAUUUUAUAUGAUAAGUUCAAUAACUUUUGGUUUAGCUCCCUUUUGCUUUGGUUUUUUUUUCCGUUUAGGGUUAUCCGACUUUAUUUGUUAAACUGUUGACAGUUUUUAGUGUGUCUUGCACAAUUUCUAUUUUACUUUCAUCUAACAAUAUCUUCAGAUGCUGUUUUGGAGUUACUUAAAUUUAUAUGUGGAAAGAAUCAGGAGGGUGUGUGUGACAUGCACUGUCUUCUUUAAUCUGAAUUGUGAAAAAUAAAGUCACAUGUCAACAAAUAUUUAAAAAUAUGUCUAAAUUGAAGUCUGUAGAAUGAUAUAGUAGUCCAGGUUAUAAAAUAAGUUCUGAUAUAAUCAAUCCGUCCAACCUAUUUAAUGAAAUAUUGUUGAAAAUGCAAAUUAAUGUAUUAUAUAUAAUAUUACCAGUAUGUUUGAUGCAGGACAUUUGUCACUUGUCUAAUGUGUUAAAAACUAUGUGACCUCCAAAUGUGUCUUGGUAUGCUGGGUUUCGUUUUUUGGCAGGUGCAUUUACCACAGCUCCUAUUCAUAUGAUAUAUUUAAUCAUUAAAAAACAUAUAUCUCAUUGACACAUAUACCCCAAAUCUCCAUGUAUUGCUACAUUUAUUAGAUUACCUCUGUUAGAAAAAAAAUGGCAGUAUUCAUUGUUGUGUAAUGAUAUAUACCAAUAUUUCUAAUAAACAUUUAUUACAUUUAUCAUUGACACUUAGAUGAAUUUUUGUAGUUUCACAUGUCUUUAUAAUAAUUUAAAACCAGGAUUAGAAUAUUUCAUAUCAACAAUUAUGUAGAGAAUAGACUUUGAUGAUAAUAUACUUUUUGAUUGAAUUUGGUAUUGUAAAAUACCAUGAGUUUCUUCUGAAAUGUAAUAAUGGUUGUAAAAGAGGGGUGGAGGAUACCAAAGGGAUAUUCAAACUCAUAAUUGAAAACGAACUUGACAAUACCAUGGCAAAAACCAUAUGAAGUACAUUUUAUUUUGUCAAUUUAUGUUAUCUUACAUUGUAACUAAAAAGUAAUUAAUAUAUUGGACCCACCAUUUUUCAAACACUUCAGUAAUCAGUCACUGAUGUCAGUUUGGCAUUGUAGAAGCUUCAGUUAUCUGUGAUUUAAGGGGAUACCAAACAGAAAGGUGAUCCUGUGGUUUAAUUUUUAUGACUUUUGUGCUGCCUGCAAUGACAGUGGCAAAGUUAAGACAAAGGGAUCCUUAGAUUCUGUUUGCAUUGUCAAUGUUAAAGUUCAAUCUGUGGUACCGUUUUAGAUGCAAUCUAGGUUCAAAGUCUUUAAACAUCAAUAACCUUUUUUAAACAAUCAUGGAAUUUCAGGAAACUUUUACAGAAGCUUCUUCCUAAUCAAGAGAUACCAUCUAGAUAAAAAUUUAGAUUUUCCUCCCAUAUUUCCAGUAUUUACUAAUAAAUGGACUUUAUUUUUUUUGCAGUUAACAUUUAGAUACAGUUUGUGGUUAAAGAUUUUAAAACUUAAAUCAUUUUGCUAAACUUAAUUGUGAUUUUACGAAACUUUGUUAGAAGCUUCUUUAUAAUCCAGAGGCAGAGGUGUCAUCCAAAGCAACAUUUUGAUUUUUGAUAUUUUGUUUCCGUAUUUUACUGAUAAAUAGACUUGAUUUUUUUCUCAGUUAACAUUUUUACACUGAACGCAGGCCAGGCACCCAUGUGGCCCAAAACCUUAACCCUGUCUUAGAAAUUAGUUAUUCUUUGUUUAAUGUGUUUUUAAAUAGAUACAAAACUUUUUUAGUGUUAUUUAUAUGUGAUAUAUUUUAAUUUAUAUUUAAAAGAAUGGAAUAUAUAUAUAUAUAUAUAGAGCCAAAGCUUCAAGCAAUCAAGUUUUUAAACUGAUUAUUUUACUGGAUAUCUAUGCAACAUCUUUAAUGAGGUAUUUUUAUUUAUUAUGCAUUUUUAUGAAUGUAAAAUGACCUCAGGUUUACACAAAAUUGUAUUGAAUUGCAAUGUCAUUUAUUUUAGAGUCAUCAGCUUGAGUUAUAGAUGAAAACUAAAAAAUUAAAGAAAAGCAAAGUUAUUAAUGAGGAUUAUUUAGUCAAAGAUUUUUUUUGUAAUGAAUAUAACAAUAUCUGAAGUAACCAUCAUAGUUAAAUUAAAAUGAAUUAUAUAUAAAGCAGUAACUGUAAUUCAUAAAAAAAAAAUAAAUACUUCAACAAUU